UUUGCUGCUUGCAUAUCUCCAUUUCCCUUUGGUCAAUUUCUUCAGUGUAUCAUAUGGCGUGAUAAUCCAGAAGAAGAAAUAAGGACAUACACACUGGAUACCGUAACGUACGGAACCAAGUCUGCUGCGUUUUUAGCUAUUCGAGCAGAGCAGCAGUUGGCACUCGAUGAGGAAACAAACAUCAUAUUGACUGCGAAAAUCGUUCGACAGGAUUUGUAUGUAGACGACUAAAUUUAAGGAGGAGGCUUCGUGGAGGACGAGGUCCAAAUCCUUCAACAUGUAAAACAACUAUUGGCAAAGGGUAAUUUUCCAAUUCGAAAGUGGUGCUCAAACGAGCCUGCCGCAUUAGAAGGAGAAAGCGAUUCUGAUUGUGAAAAGUUUAUAUAAUGUAUGGUUGGCACCAACAUCGCCAAGGCUCUCGGUUUAGCCUGGGAGCCUAGCUCCAUACACAAAUUAUCCGAUAGAUUCAUCACAAAACGAAGUACGUUGUUAAUGAUAGCCAGGUUCUACGACCCACUCGGAUUAACCUCACCUUUCGUUACUAAACUGAAAAUAUUUCUUCAGGCUUUAAGGAAGGAAAAUCGAAAUCCUGCGUGUAUCGCGGACAACCCCAAAGCUCGAGCUCUCAGCAGCGUUUAUAUUAUCCGAUCGUAUGUCAAACAUCGCUAAAGAAAUUAAGUUUGCUGCAUCUCUUGCUAAAAAUCAUACACAUUGUGCAUUUCGGCGAGGAGUACAAGGCGCUUAGUAUAAGAAAGGCGAUGUCUCCUAGUAGUAAGCUGCGGUCUUUAUGCCCAUUUAUGGACGCCGAACGACUUCUGCGCGUCGGAGUUCGUAUCCAGAUUUGAAACCUAGAUUUUGCUGCCAGUCAUCUAGUCACCGAUCCAAUAUUCACGCAUUACCAUACGACAUUUCUCCAUGCUGGUCCUCUAUUCCUCUUUCCAACGGUUUGUCAAAGAUAUUGGCUCAUCGGAGGGCUUAAAGCUGUCUCGAGUAUCAUCAAUAAAUGCAUCCGCUGCGUUUGAAUGCGGCCCAAACUUCUCGCCGAGAGCGUCCAAACAAGCCCAACAUUUUGUGACUUGUCUUUUGUGGUGCAUUCUACACAAAAUCGGAUGUAAGGAACCGCGCGCCAGGAAAGUGCUACGUUUCAAUUUACAUAUGUUUUCAUCAUCAUUUUUCACAGCACAGUGGGUGCUCAGAACGAGCUAAAGGAACUUCGCGAGAUAUUUUUGAUUGAUCCACAGAGAAGGAGGUUGCUGUGAAGUCACCCAAAUACCAUUUCUAUUGCGUCGUUGGGAACUCUACUCUUUCAUUUAACGAGCUUCGAACCCUCAUCUUUCAAGUCUCAGCAAUGCUCAAUUCAAGAUUAUUUUAUCUGGGGAAAGGCAAAAGCAACGAUCGACGAACCCCAUUUAACCCACCUAUACGCAGGUCACCCCAAUCGCUGACAAAAGUUGUGCCAAGUCCAGAAAGCGUUCUGAAGGAAGUGGAGUUCAUAUUACUUGUCCCUGCUUUAAGAGCGUGGGAAGUGACGGACGACCCAAACAAAUCUGUAACCAGGAACUAUGGUCGUGAUAGAAGAGAACAAUGCACCGCUGCUCAAAUGGCCCCUUGGCAGAGUAAAGAGCUGUAGCAAGCAGACACACACACACACAUACAUAUCCCUAAGCAUCUGUUCUACAUUAAGUUAGGUCACACUAUUAUUAAACACAUACAUACAUCCCUGUUACUCUUAAGAAACACUAUGCUUGUCUCACUCCCUCAUACUGUGUACCCCCAACUCUUGUAACAUAGGCUAAGCCUGUACAAAUCUGUGCAAUAAAGAUCACUUUUGCUGCGACCGCCUAAGAAGAAACACGUAGAAAGUGCCGUCUACAAUUUCAGAAGUGCGAUUUCCGCGAAAAUUUUUUUCUUGCGUCCCUAACUCUACGAGUAAAAUAAAGCAAAAGUUUUUAGUGAGUUAUUUAAAAUAGUUUGUAGUAAUGGACACCAUCGCUGCGGACGACUACAAAGCAUCAGAACUUCGAUGUUGGCUGGAAAAACUUGUUUUGCCGAAAAGCGGCACCAAGGCAACACUAGCAGCGCGGUUGAAUGGUGUGCCCCCCGAAGCCCGAGGAGAUUGUCCAGAACUGGACCCCAAGGACAUGACCGACAUGGAAGCUGGGCCUGAUCAGGACGAUGUUGGGGCUACAUUGCUGGAUGCCCAAAAUAACGACGAAGCCGCCAACAACAACAUGUGCGUUCCGGAAAUUUCCAUGCAAUUGGAAUCUCUGAAGCGUCACUUAGAAGUGGUCCAAUUGGAAAAUGAGUUUCUCAAGUUGGAAGUUUCCCUACGUACUUCAACGACAAGACCCUGUUGGCUGCACACAUCCGGAUAGACGACGAGGAGUUAAUCGAAAGUAUUAUCGAAGGAAUACCGGAUACACUUCUACGGCAACAGGCACACAUGCACUGUUUUAAUUCGUCUGCCCAGCUGUUGCAGGCAUUCUCCAAAGUAACAUUGCGGAAACCAUCUCUCGCAUUUGGACGCCACAAAGUCGUUUCCGGAAAUCAGGACGGACCCGCUGUAAGAUGCUUCAACUGUAACUGCGUGGGUCACUUCGCGGCCGACUGCCGCAAGCCUAAGCGCGCAUACGGCGCUUGCAACAGUUGUGGAAGUUUGGAGCACCUGGUAUCUCAUUGCAACGAGAAAAACAUAACCAAAAAUGAAUAUAAUGCCUAAUCGAUUCUGGAAGUCCAAUUACAAUAGUUUUACGAAGUUAUCCUGCGUUGAAAACAUUCUAAGUAGUAACAUCAUUAACGUUAAUGAAAACAACAUUUCGCAUUACUUUGGCUUGAACCACAGCCCUUUAGAUAUACAUGGAAAGAUAUCAUGUUUUGUUAUUAUGAAUAAAGUAAAGUUUAAUUUCGAAUUACUAAUUGUGGCAAACAAAUCGAUGGCAUAUAGCACUGUCUUAGGAAGAGAUUUUAUGAACAUCUGUAACUUUAAGAUUGUUAGGGAAAAUGAUUGUUCAAAUGAUAGUUUUGCAAAUGAUUUU